AUGGCGGGACCUACCGUCAUGCAGGCAGCGCAGGGACAACAUGGAGCUGCUGCUGCGAGCAACGAUGGGCAGAGCGAACAGAGGAGCCUGAUAGAGUUUGCUGUCAAGGCCGGAGAGACUUUUGCAUCUGCUUAUUACGCCGCUACAGACUCUCCACAGAGGAUAGGUGUGAGUUUUAGGCCCGACAAAGUUUGCAGGACUUGCUCCUCCCCCUUCGAGCAAAUGGAAAGCCGCUCACAGGAUUUGCUCUUGUUUUGGCUCACUUUGUCUUUUCACCUCCCGCCUCUUGUCGAUCGACUUUCCUGGAAUAGCUCAUUCCUACUUUGUACUUGCCAAACUCGACGAUUGUGUGGAAUGGGACGCCCGUCAGUGGGAAGGACGAGUUGGUGCAGCUCUUGGCUGCCAUGCCGGGGUCAAAGCACGAGUUGCAGGCUUUUGAUGCGCACCCAGUUGGAGGAGGUACGGAGAAUGGUGAGUAGGUGCAAGUCUGUUGGGCAUUUCACCAGAGCCAGGCGCCGCUCUGACGGCUUUGCCCGUCAGCUCCACGCUUGAGCUGAGCAAAGUGUGUUGCGUGUCAAAAGUCUGGACACGUGUUGGAGGGUACAGCAAAGAGGGUGGUAGUAUGCAUACUCCCGCAUCAAUGGUACGCUUGGAACUCGAAGCAGCCUUUCGGAGGCAUCGCAUCGCCGAAGAUCGUCCUCUUUGCUUUGGCAUUCUGAUUUCACCAGAGCAGAGGGGCAAUUUGUGCGUGCUCGUGGCGCAUGGGCAUGUCUGGCGUAGCUCAGCUACUCGGCAGCAUGCUCGCGGCGCAGAUCAAAGGCUGAUCAGAACACGCUCGAGCGGUCGGCUUUCCCUAGACGCUGCUCGUUGUGCGUCUGGUGGGCGAGAGGGUCUGGAGGCGGGCGCGGGUCGCCUGUGGGCCGGUUUGCCUCCCAGCACACUUCUCAAAGAGCUUCAUUCAAGGGUUCAUGACCGUAAAGAUCAAUUGGUCAUCAGAGUAGUCUCGAAGCAUACAUUCUCGCGUUCUCAAAAUUCCCGACCCACGCUGACCAUUGAAUGCAUCCAAUCAUACACCAUCGAUGCACCGGUACAGGCGUUCGUCGGGCACCCUCAGUGAUGAUCACAGUGACGGGCGUAGUGACGCAUCACAUUCCAGGAUCAGCGUCUACCAUGGCUCCCACAAACGCGCCCAAAUCUGCGGGAGGAUCGAGCAUCAAAGACUUACCCUUGGAAGCCUUGCCGAGAACGUUCCAUCAAAGCUUCCUCUUGACACCUCAACCCACACAUGGCACCAACGCACCUGUCCCGGACGGAGGGGUCAAUUGUGCGACAGCUGACGGAGUUUGGGCUGCUAGACUUUUCGUGCAGGCAGACAACUUCAGAUUCAUUGGCUGA